UCUGACAAACAAGAGAGAUGUUACAGUUACAGUUCGACAUUCGGAGUGACAAGAUGCAUAAAUUUGUCAGCUUAUUGUUUGGCUUUUCUGCACUGGUCAUCUUCAUUUUACAGCUGCAUGUUAAUGGAGUAUGUGCAAAAGUUAAGACUAUUACUCAAUCAUAUUUUGUAAGCAGAGGAUCGUAUGUUCAGCUGGAACUACUUGAACCUGAAGAUCCGUCAAAAACCAAAGUGAUUCAUGGAAGAGUGAUAAGAAUUCCAUUUUCUACCGAAUAAAAGCAAUUUAUGACGGUACAAUUGGAGUGAUGCAAAUUACUUACCCAGAUGAUGAAGGAGUAGAAGUGAAGGCAAUGAGAAUACAGCAGGGAGUCACGGAUGGGAACACAGCCCAAAUAACAUUCACUUACUACAGAACUUAUGAAAAUGAUGCAAAAGACGAAGUCAAACUAGCCGAUGACGCUGACGUGACGCUAGUCACUGGGACUUUGAGAAACAGAAUAGGAAACUUCCUCAAAGGUAAAUGAACACACGAAAGUGAUUCGGAGCUCAUUCGUGAUUACAUAAUUCCAUUUAUGAGUUUUGAACUUUCAAUUUAUUAAUAUACAACAGAAUACAGUAUCUAUUUUAUACACUAAUUAUUAUUAGUUUCAGAAACUUCUGGAUGUAAUUAAAAUAUAAUACAAUUUACAAAUGAUAGAUGAUUAGAGAUUAAACUUGUGAGAUGUAAUCGAUAUUAAAACUGAUGGAUGAAAAAGAAA